AUGACACUGGGAGCCUACAUUCGAGAUGCCCCCUUUGGGCAACUGGUUCGUCUCUUGACACAUAACAAAUACUUCCAAUAUCCAGAAGAGAAGCCCGAUUUCAAGCUUCCCGAGCCAUGGAUUCAAUUGAUGAACGGCUCAGACGUGCAGGCAGAUGAGAAGCCUGAAGAACAACCAUCCCGCCCAAGUGCUAGCAGCGAUGAAGAGACUGCCGUGCUCAGUCGCACUUCGACCCUCAGCACCACACCGUUUACAGAGGCUCGCCUGGAGGCGGAAGCGAGAGAUGAAAUCGAACGAGUCAAAUCGAUGCCUAUAGUCCCUACACGAACGAAGGAUGGAGCCGUUCUCGUUGAUUGGUACUAUACAGAUGAUGCGGAAAAUCCGCAUAACUGGUCUAAUUCCAAGCGUGCCUGGAUGACAACCCUAAUCUGUCUAUAUACAUUCGUUGUAUAUACGACCUCUGCCAUCUAUACCUCAUCACUGCAAGGCGUUAUGGAAGAAUUCAAUGUAAAUUCUCUCGUGGGAACACUGGGCCUGUCUCUCUACGUUUUGGGAUACGGCAUUGGCCCACUGGUUUUCUCACCAUUGAGUGAAAUCCCCAUCAUUGGACGCAAUCCAGUCUAUGUAGUCACCAUGUUCCUCUUCGUCAUCAUCUCCAUCCCGACAGCAUUUGUGGGCAAUUUCCCUGGUCUCUUGGUUCUCCGUUUCCUCCAGGGUUUCUUCGGCUCUCCAUGUCUUGCAUCAGGGGGCGCUUCCAUCGGCGACAUGUACAGCCUCAUCUCUCUGCCUUAUGCCAUGAUGGCUUGGGUUUCAGCCGCCUACUGUGGACCUGCCCUCGGACCCCUGCUUAGUGGUUUUGCUGUGCCAGUAAAGGGCUGGCGAUGGUCUCUCUUCGAGUCAAUCUGGGCCUCCGCCCCAAUCUUCAUCCUGAUGCUCCUGUUCCUCCCCGAGACCAGCAGCGCAACGAUCCUCCUCCGUCGCGCCCAGCGCCUCCGCAAAGUCUUCAACGACAACCGCCUGAUGUCGCAAUCAGAGAUCGACCAGCGCAACAUGCGUAUUUCGGCCAUUGCCAUCGAUGCCCUGGUCAAGCCCAUGGAAAUCACCAUCAAGGAUCCGGCCGUUCUCUUCGUUCAGAUCUACACUGCCAUUAUCUACGGUAUCUACUACUCCUUCUUCGAAGUCUUCCCCCUUGUCUACCCCGUCGAUUACGGUAUGAACCUGGGCGAGGUCGGUCUCGUCUUCCUGUGCAUUCUCGUCUCCUGCAUUCUUGCAGUCACCAUCUAUGGUCUCUACAUAUAUCUCUGGAUGAAUCCCCGCAUUGCGCGCCUCGGUUUCCCGCCCCAAGAAUACCGUCUUCUACCCGCGCUCCCGGCCUCGUUUGGUCCGACAAUUGGCCUAUUCAUUUUCGCUUGGACGGCACGAGCCUCGAUUCAUUGGAUCGUUCCCACGAUUGGAAUCACUAUCUAUGGAGCAACUGUAUUCAUCGUCAUGCAGUGUGUCUUCCUUUACAUCCCGCUCACCUACCCAUGUACGCAGCGAGUCUGUUUGCGGCGAAUGAUUUCUUCCGCAGUGCGCUCGCCUGUGGUAGUGUUCUCUUUGCUCAUCCACUAUUUGGCAACUUGGGUGUUGCGAAGGGUGUCAGUCUUCUGGGUGGAUUGA